AUGAAGAGAAAACUUAUUCCAACAUGGACAUCCAUGUUCAUCUUGUUUCUUUUGAUUUCGCUUGUCGGUUUGUGUUCCAUCCAACCAACUGAAGCCAAAUUCUUCUCUGGUUUCAAGUCAGCCGUCAGCAAGGCCAGAUCUUCAAUUUCUAACAAGGUCAAGUCUGUUGAAUCAAAGAUCAGAGGUGGAAUUAACAAGGUCAAGUCAACAACCAACAAGAUUAAGAAUUUCAAGUCAUCUGUCGAAAGAAAAAUAGGUCAAUCAGUGAAAAGAGCAAUUCCAAAGACAUUUAACAAGGUAAAGAAUGCAAUUUCCAAGAGAACUUCCAAAUUUAAGAAUAAUUUCAACAAGGUAAAACAAAAUUUCAGAAAAGUUAAAAGUAAUUUGAAGGAAAAAUCUAAAAAAUUCAAAAAUGGAAUUAAAAAAAUUGGAAACAAGUUGAAAAAUAGCAAAUUUGGAAAGAAAUUGAAAGAAAAAUCUAAAAAAUUCAAGAAUGGAUUGAAGAAAUUUGGUUCCAAAUUGAAGAAUAGCAAACUUGGAAAGAAGAUUUCAAAGAAAGUUGAAACUACAAAGCAAAAGCUCAGAAAGGCAGGUUCCAAGGUUGACAAUCUCUUCAAGAAUGGAAAGAAGAAACUCAAGGAAAAGAUUAAGAAAGUUUCCAAAUCAUUGAAGAAUAAUGUCAUGAAGAAAUUGCAAAAAUUAAAGCAAGCUGGCGGUAAACUAAAGGGAACUAAAGUUUGGAAGAUUAUUUCAAAGCAAUUAAAGAAAGCAAAGAAUGUCAUUUCAGCAAUUAAGAAUUCCAAGAAGAAUGAUCAAACAAGAGGUGUUGAAAAGAUUAAAUCACUUAAUGGAAUGAAGGCAAAUCAAAAGGUUUCUCCAUUGACAUCAAUUACAGCCAAGACAGUUUCGAUUGCUUCUCAAAUUUCUAAUAAUGCAUACGAAAAGACAAAUGAUAAGAAUUUGGAAAAGCAAGGUUAUCAAGUCGUUCUAGCAACUGAUCACAAGAAGGAAAUGGUCGCUUCCAAGGUCUUGUACAAUGAAAAAGAUAAGACUCUUGUAGUUUCGUAUAGAGGAACUGUUUCUACUUCAUUGAAAGAUUGGGGAAAUAACUUGAAGAUUGGAUUGAAAUCAACCUAUUUCAAUGGUCAAUAUGCUGGUAAAAUCCACUCUGGAUUCCUCAGUAAUUACAUGAAAGACAGAGAAGAAAUCAACAAGGUCAUUGCUCAAUAUCAAAAAGAAGGUAAAAUUGACAAGAUUGUUUUUACUGGACAUAGUAAGGGAGGAGCCAUUAGUGAAAUUGCAGCAACUGAUUAUGAAUUGAGUAACAAGAAUUCAGGAGUUAAGGUUGAAUUGGUUACUUUUGGAGGUCCUAGAGUUGGUGAUAAGAAACAUGCUGAAGUGGUCAACCAAAAUGUUAAGGAUUAUGUUCGUGUUGUAAAUACUUUCGAAAAGAAUGGAAAGACAAAGCAAGAUCUUGUAACUGAAGUUCCUCCUAAAUUGUUUGGAUAUGCUCAUGCUGGAGCUGAAGUUCAAGUUGGUUGUCCAAAGAAUGGAGGUGUUUCAUGUCACUUGUUAGAUAAUUAUAUGACAAAUAUGAAUCCUCAAUAA